AUGGCUCUCGUCAAUUAUUCCGACUCAGAAGCCUCAGAUUCCGAGCAAGAAAAUGUGACCCAACCCCAACAGAAAAAAGCUGCCCCUGUGCCUGCACUCGCACCCGCCAACAAUGCUCCCAAACAACCCUCCGGCGCAAACUUCUCGUCCAUUGUUGACCGCAGCAACCCUCGCAAGAUUCGCGUUGCUUUACCGGAAAUCAAACCAGACACCGCAGAGGGCGACCAGGGAGGCGAAGACGGUCCCGCGCGGAAGAAACCCAGGAUAGGGGGAGGCGGAGGAGCUUUUUUGGGAUUCAACGCGAUGCUACCGGCUCCGAAGCGGAAGACUGUCACGGCGGAUAAGGAUAAGAAGCCUGCUGGGCCUGCCCGGAAGGUGUUCAGCUUAAAGACGGGUGCCACUCCGGGGUUCGAUCGCUCGGCUGAUGCGGAGCUGCGGCAUAAUCAGGCUCUGGAGGGCGAUGAGGAGGAUAUUCCCAAGGCGGGAAGUCUACAGGCUGAGGAUCCCGUUGAAGCAGGAGGUGCUUCAGAAACUAAGCCUCCACAGAAGCCGGAAGGGGAGGUAAAACUAAAGGGCAAUGCGAUGAUGUUCAAACCGCUUUCUGUGGGACGGAAUCAGAAGAAAAAGCUCCCCAAGACCCCUGCACCUUCUUUGCCUGCUGCCGUUGAACCGAAGCCAGCUCCACAACCAAAGCAGCAACAGCAAUCUCCGGCGCAACAAACCCCUCCACCACCUGCGCCAAAACCCAAAGUCAGCCUUUUCUCCAUUUCCUCCGAAGACUCGUCUGCAACAGCUCCCUUGAGCGGCCCUGCUCAGAGCACGAGUUACCAACCGCUGGUCUAUAACACAACGCCCGAUGCACCUGUAGCAGGCCCCUCACUAGAAUCUGAAGCCACUACUACACCGGCUGCCUCAGCCGCAGCAACGCAACAACCCCAAACCCUUGACAACAUCGCAAAUGACCUCAAUCUUUCCCGUGCCCAACGACGCCAUUUAUUCGGACGUCAUGCAGACACGUCUAAUGCCCGGGUCCUCAAUUUUAACACAGACGCAGAAUAUGUUGCCAACCAGGAAAUGGCGCAGACCACAGAUCUUGCCGCAGCUCAGCACAAUCCUGUCCGGGCAAUCGCGCCAGGAAAGCACACGUUGCAGCAGUUGGUAAACGCUGCCAGCAAUCAGCGGGAAGCUUUGGAAGAAAGCUUUGCGACGGGACGGAGGAACAAGAAAGAGGCUGGGUCAAAGUAUGGAUGGUGA